GCUAAAUUAAUGCAAUUAAAAAAGGUAUACUUCUCGCUGAGAAGUAAUUGAGGAACGCCUUUGAUUUUAUAUGAUACAUUCGGAGCUAAUUAAAUGCAAAUUUUGUUAUUUUUUUUGGAGCAAAAGAGCAAUUUGGAAUACUCAACUAAACUCAACUGAGCCUUAAUCCCAACCAAGUUGACUGGGGUUGUUAAAUGCUCAAAUAACUUACUUUUAAUAAUUGGCAUUGUCUAUGGUUAGUUUAACGGGAUAAAUGCAAGGAUAUAAAAACUAGGAUGAGCUUAUGUGAUAGUAAUAGUGAGUGAGCAGGGUGUACUAGAUGCCAAAUUGUGACCAUAGCCAUAUGCUGUAUUAAGUAUUAUAUGGUUUGGCAAAGCAGUUCUUUUUGGUCAGCCGCCAUGCUUUUCAGUGUUAAUUUUUGGGGCACUUUCUUAAUUGCAAAGUUGCUCUGCUUGAGAUGUAUGGGGAUAAAUGUGAAAACUCAAAGUUGGAAUGCAAAUUUUUUUUUUUUGCAGGCAACAGAACUGAAUCAGGUUGAUAUUCCACAUGCUCGAUUUCAACGAACAGAUCAGUGGCUACCAGUUUAUUCCUGGUUGGAAUCUUUGGAUAAAGAUGAGGUGGUCAAGUCUAAAGAUAUUUCUGAUUGGCUAACUGAGAACCCAGAGAUUAAAGAACACUUAUGCUCCAGGCAUUCUCGAUACCAUUUGAUGCACUACAUUAAAAAGUGUCAUAUGAAGAUACUAAAAAGGAGGGAGAAGAAGAAGGGAUUGCAGCAUACUGAGAAACCAACCUCUCCAAAUGCUCACAAAAUUGUGGAUGUGAAAGAACCAGCAUCAAUUCCAAGCAAUCCUUUGAACAAUAUACCUAAGGAUAGUGACCUAUACUUGGCCAAACGAAACGAAGCUCUUCGUAAAUUUGAGAUUUUACUGGAGUUGGAGAAGACACUUUCUCCUCACUUUUCAAAGGCUCAAGCUAUACAGAAAUGAAGCAACGAGGAGAGCAAUUUGGGGCCAAGACUAGGUCAGGUGGUGCAAAUAUUUUAAUUUCCUUCAAUUGAUGAUGCAUUGUAAAUAGCUGACCUAGGGUGAUUCUCUUGAAGGUAGGACAAAGUUUUGGUAAGGCUAAUGUAUUGGUAAAUGUUGUUCCCUAUGUUUAAAAUGUCAUUUUAAGACAUUUAUUUUAUAGGAGAGUUUGGGUUCAGAUACUCCCAGCGAGUAGUAGAUAGUGGUACUGCUAAUAUAUAUAGAGUUUUCGAUUCUCAUAACAUGGUAAUUUCUGCUUAGCUUACGUUAAUAAUGAUUCAUCUCUUAGAGUAA